AUGGUUAGAUCUGAAAGUCCAGAUGACGAGGUAGCAACUACCAUUGUGGGGAAGUAUGAAGAUGUGGAUGAGGAUGACGCAUCUCCUCAGUCACGGUGGCCGCCAGCACAGGGUGGAAAUGGUUUACCGCAAAGACCACAUUCUCGAAGUGCCUCGUCGGUAUCACCCACUUCCGCUGAUUCAGAUAGACGAUUACGGCGUCAGAUAGCUAACUGUAAUGAAAGGCGCAGGAUGCAGUCCAUCAAUGCCGGCUUCCAAUCAUUACGAUCACUGCUUCCCCGAAAAGAAGGAGAAAAGCUAUCCAAAGCUGCCAUCUUGCAGCAAACCGCUGACCUGAUUCAUCAGCUACAGGGUGAUAGGCAACGUUUAAUGAUGGAUCGUGAUGGUGCUGGGGGCAAAAAAGCGAAGCUGGAUGGGUCAGAUUUCUUUGAUCUGGAGCAGCGCUCUCUGAUAGAUCGACUGCAGAUCGCUCUUGAAAGAGAACGUAGUAAUAGGAUUCUUCUAGAACAACAAAUUAAUCAGUUACGUGAUCAAAUGAUACACACUCAGAGUAACAUGAGUCCUGAAAGUCCACAGAAAGUUCUCCCGAAUACACUCGGGAGUGUCUGUUCUGCUCCAACUGUAACAACACCUAGUCAAGCUUCAGUUAUUAGACCUACGCCACUGCCGCCCAUUUCCGUCGAUGUGUCUACACGUGUGAGCACAACUACAACAUCUGUGCCCCUCUCGGCAUCGCCUCUACCUGUCCCCCCUGCUAUUAACUUACCAUCUCUUCCGUCAUCUUCGUUAGCAGCGAUUUCAAGUUCUCCCUCUGCGUUCACCACUUCCACCUUUACGCCUCACCAUUCAUUACAAACAAUACUGGAUGCCAUUCGUCAGUUAGAAGGUGGUAACAUAGCUACACUAUCACCACCACCACCAUCAUCGCAGGCACCUCUUGUUAGGUAA